GGAAAUGACGUUUUAGUCACACUUAUUCAGCUUCCGGAACAAUCAAAACAGACGAAGAAAUACUUGCUUUCAUUACAAAAUACAAAAUCAGACAAAAAUGAAUCGACUAUUUGGAAAAGGAAAAGAAAAAACCCCUGCACCCAAUCUCACAGACUGCAUUUCAAAUAUUGACACAAGGGGAGAUUCUAUAGACAAAAAAAUUGCGAGGUUAGAUGCAGAAUUAAAAAAGUACAAAGAUCAAAUGAAGAAAAUGAGAGAAGGACCUGCAAAGAAUAUGGUAAAACAGAAAGCAAUGAGAGUUUUAAAACAAAAGAAAAUGUAUGACAACCAGCGUGAUAAUUUAAUGCAGCAGUCCUUUAAUCUAGAACAACAGAAUUACAAUAUACAGAAUAUUAAAGACACAAAGACAACAGUAGAUGCAAUGAAAGUUGGAGUAAAAGAAUUUAAAAAAGCCUACAAGCAUGUAGAUAUUGAUCAAGUAGAGAAUUUGCAAGAUGAACUUGAAGACAUGUCAGAACAAGCUAAUGAUAUUCAAGAAGUAAUGGGCAGAAGUUAUGGAAUGCCUGAAUUAGAUGAGGAUGACCUUGAAGCUGAAUUAGAUGCAUUAGGAGAUGAACUUGAUUUGGAAGAUUCAUCUUAUUUAGAUGAUGCCGUAGCAACACCAUCAGUUCCUUCAUCUGAGCCUGGUGGAGAGAGUAUGAGAGACAAUGUUCCUGUUGAUGAAUAUGGACUGCCACAAAUUCCACAAACAGCAAAAUAACAAAAUACCAUUGUGAUCAAUAUUUAUCUACCAUAACUAUUUUCUUGUUUAUAUAUAUGUAAUAGAACAAUGUGUAAAUACUGGUUAUUUACUACUUCAUGAUAGAUUUGUUUUAGUCAUAGCCAAAUUUCUUUGUGAUCCAUUGAAGGUAAAUUAUUUAAACUGUGCAAUCUAUCUUUAUCUUGCACAUUACUUGAUGAGGUUAAAAAAAUAGAUGUGAGUUGAGGGAUUUCCAAAAAACUCUUAAUUUCGAGCUCUGGUUUUUCAACAACAAACUUAAUUAAUCAAAUUCUGUGACAGACUUGAUAAAACCAUUUAAACAUCUUCACUUUGUUUGCAAACAAAUUGCAAAUAGUGACCUACUGUGAAGCUAUUUGUAUACUAAAGGAACCAAACUUAUUCAUAAACACAAUGUUCUACAGAUUGUGACAGAAAAAAAUUUGACUUACCAACAUUAUAAUGAAGUAUUUUAUAGUUUUUACAAAUUUUAAAAACUUUUAAUAUUAGAAAAACUCAAUAACUGGUAGGUCUUCAAACAGUUUUCAUUUUACAACAUAUUUAUACAUGCAUGUAAAUAUACAACACAUAUUCUGUUCUCACAAUUUACACUAGGUGUGCUUUUUGUAAACACAUCUCUACAAUUUUUUUUUGUACAAAUAUCAUAAUUUGUAACUGUUUGGAUAGCACAAUUCUUUGCUGUCUGUUCCUUUUCUGAUUUGAAUGGCAAUAUACCCUUAUCAAAACCA